AUUGUUCAACAGUUUUACUUCUGUUUCUUUCACUAAACAGCCCAGACCCAUGUACUGCAGGAUCAAUCCAACGGUUCCUGUCCUGGACCGUUAUUUUAAUGGCCAGGACACCAAAACGGAUUUCCGAUUGGGCAGGGAGGCCCUGGCAGUGCUGCUGGACCUUCUCGGCCAGGAGCGGAGACAUGGAUGGGGUGCCACCAUUGAGACCCUGGUGUUUCUAUUCUGGCUGGCUAGUAGGACAUCAUACAGGGUGGUCUCCAGAGUGUUCGGGAUGCCUCGUUCUACUGUCCACCGCAUCGUCCACAGGGUCACUGAGGAGGUGGUGGCCAUUCGCCACAAAGUCAUCCACCUCCCGAAGACCCCUGAAGACCUGGUGGCAGUGACCAAUGGGUUUGCAGGGCUGGCAAGACACCGCGCUUUUGGGAAAGCAGCGGGAGCAAUCGACGGCUGCCAUGUCCGUAUCAAGCCACCGAGCGGCCCUGAUGGUCACUGCUACAGGAACAGGAAACUGUUUUCCUCCAUAAUUCUGCAGGCUGUUUGUGACCAUCAGGGCCGCUUCCUUGAUACGUACGUGGGCUGGCCUGGAUCAGUCCAUGACUCCAGAGUCCUCCGCCACAGCCCACUGUAUAGGUCACUCUACCCUCCUCCAGGGCACUUCAUCCUUGCAGACGGCGGGUACCCUUGCCUCCAACACCCACUACCCCUCAUCACUCCCUACAAGAGGCCAGUGCGAGGUGUGGGAGCCCAGCGCUUCAACUGGCAUCAUUCCAGGGCACGCUCCAUUAUAGAGCGUGCUUUUGGAAUGAUGAAGACCAGGUUCAGGGCCAUCUUCCUGCAAGCGCUGGAGGUGCACCACACCUUCGUACCUCACGUCAUAACAGCAUGUGCCAUCCUCCACAACAUCUGCUUUGGGGCCGAUGACAUCAUGGCCCCAGAGGAGGAGAAUGAGCCUGAGGACAAUGUAGAGGAGGAUGAGGGGGGCGAUGGUUUGGAGGCAGUCAGUGGUGCUCCCUGGCGGGACCAGCUGUCUGCAGAGGUGUCUGCCCUGGAGGAGGCCCCUCCUGACCACCAAUAUAUACAGUUUGAUAAAUUGAGCAGUAUGCUCCUGGCUCCCUAA